GUUUGCAUAUGGUCUGGAAGAGUUAGAAAAGGGUUGGCCUGUUUAUAUUCUUGCGCAACAGUUAUUCUCCGUACCGGUGUUUAUCAGUAAACACGGACCAUUUUUUGUUUCUUUGACAACAAGAGCGAUAACAAACUCCGUGCGCUACGCACUUGAGAGUUAGUUUUAGUGUUAUUAUUAAGUUUGUGACGUUAACUCCUGCGUGUAAUAAAUUGUAGAGUAAAUACAAUAGUUUAGUCAUUCUAAUUGCAGAUGUGGAAAUCCCCAAACGCCUCGUUGUCCUUUAGAUACACUGCUAACAAUGAGGAACUGGAAGAGUUGUACCACAUGUGUGAUGAUGAUCCCCCUACACCCCAAAAUGACCCUCCUCAGAACGAAACCGCGAGUCCGAAAAAAGCGGAUAAAAGCUCAUCUAUACUAGACAAAUAUUUCAAAUCAAUGAGAACAGAAAAACCGCCAGAUAAAGAAAAUGAUGAUCCAAAAUCUGAUCCCAAACCUUUAGAGGACACUAAACCAGCCGCUCCUCCCAAAGAAGUCACAUCAUCUCCUAUGAAAGAGUAUUUAAACCGUUUAGGGAAGCGGACUACUACUUCGGAAGGCUCCAUAGAUGCUAAGGAAAGCUCCAAUGAAACUUGGAAGAUCUUCCAUGACUUUAAGUUCAAAAUAGCACAAGCCGUUGAGGAUAUUAAAACUCGUUCAGUAGAAGAAACAAAAGAAAAAUCAGUGCCAAGAGAGAAUUCUACAUCAGAUUCAGAAGAAAACUCAGCCAUCAAAGACUCCGAUCAACAAAGCGUUGGAGAUACUGACAACCAGGUAUCAUCUCUUCACAGUAGUAUUCAGAAUCUUUCUGAAAUCACGCCGCCGGUCACGGCCAAGCCUACCGACCGCGAGUCGAGUCUUCCUUUAGAAAAAAAUAAUUCGGAAUCCAGUGAUGAUACACAUAAGAAUUUAGCCAGUGAAUCAGAAAACGGUACGGGAGAUUUACUAGACGACAGCAGUAUGUUAGAAGUCGAGUCUGGCGUCGAAGCCCUGGAGGACACCAACAUCGACGCACUCGGAGACGUCAACCUGUACAAAGACUCUGGGGAAAAGAACUCUCCCGUCCUGAACAUCCUCCCCUGUACUGUACAGAGGCCUAUCACACCCACAAAUUUCGGAUCCCCACCAAGCAAAAACGAUAUAACAACAGAGACUCCUAGGCACUACUUCUUUAAUUUCACAAUGUAUAUUCUUACUUUUUUACUAAUUGUUAACUAUCUCCUAUUCCCUGACUCCCACGCGUGGAAUGGAUUCCUGCUCGGCGUAUGGACGUUUACGUUUGGAAGCAACUUGAAGCAAUGGUUUCUAGCCACUUACUUUAGCACUGCCAAGGAGCCUAGAACCAGCUUUUUUCAGUUUAAGCGCAGCAGUGCUGUACCGUACACGUACAGUAUUCCUAAUGUUAAGGAGCAUAGACCAAUAAAGAAACAUGAGGGAUGGAUAAACCAUUAUAGGUUUCAUGAAUAUGAUGCUUACACGUAUCACAUCAACAAAACAACAACCGCAUUUAUGAAAUUAGAAGGCUGCAAUUUAAGGAUAUCUUACACAAAGACAAAAAUAGCGAAGAGGGCGCUGUGGGACGAAAAAAUAGACAAAGUUGUUUUCUACCAGCAUAGAUUGUAUAAUUUAACAGGAGCCAAAGUAUACCUGCUGCCAAAUGGACUUGUCAGUAAAAGACAAUGGAGCAAAAAAUAUCCUAUAUGUAUAACAUUAAAUGAAAAUGAAACAAUACAAGUACUUGAGAAAGAAAAUCUGCUUGACAAAAAAUCUGGCGAAGCGUCAGAGAGUAAGAAGAAAGAACAAGAGUCAGAGACCACCGAAACUAACACCACCCCGGAAAAGAAGAAGAGAUUUGUAUGGAGAAAGAAAGAAAAAAGCCUUUCACAAGAUUUAGAGAUGCCUGGGAGGGAAGGUCUGCGACAUCGGCUCGUCAGAAAAAUGCAUAGAGAGAAAAAACCGGAUAACGUGUCCACCGCCACAGAGCCAGACAGUCAAACAGAGAAGACUCUACAAGAAGAAUUGAACGCGGACGAGCCGACCAGUGCGCCCGCCAACGGCAAAGAUGAGGUCCUCGACGAUGAUCUGGACGAUACCGAGAUUUCCAGACUGAAGGAGUUUUUGGACGAAACUGAGCCGGAGACUGUAGAGGGCGCGGCAGAGGGGGAGUGGAGCUUGCACGUGAAGAGCUCCAAAGACAAGCACUCGCGGCUGUUCCUGUUCGCGAGGACGGGCCGCGACAAACUUGAGUGGUUCCGACGGAUACACCAAGCUAUAGCGGAGGCGAAUCCGUCACUCGAGUCUUCCGUCGCCGAAGACAAGAGUUCGAGCGAUCUCGCGCCCGACACCAAGGAGGGCAUAGAGAUGGCCGUCUACAAAGUUUCUGAAAAGGAGACCGUCUCCUUCCCAAAGCCCAGUAUCAAAGCUACUCCAGUGCCGUCGGAAAUUCCUUCUACCGUUACGGAUUGGAGCUCCUAUGAGAAAACAUUUUGGCCUUAUCUAAUAAAAAUCAUGCAGACGCACGAAGAAAGCACGAGGCAGAAGGUCGACACCGGAGUCACCUGCGACCUCGAUCCCACGCCGGUAGAGGCUAAAAGCAAAACCAAGAAGAAACGAAAAACCGAUCCUAAAUCAGCUCCGUCCGCGUGCGACUGCCGAGUGUUGCCCGCCGAGGUGUCGUGGGUGAACACGGUGCUCGCCCGAGUCAUGUAUGACGUCAUGAGGGACCCGCACAUCAUGAUGCGAGUGCAGAAUAGGAUACAGAGGAAACUUAAUACGCUCAAGCUACCUUCGUUCAUGUCGCCGCUGGUUGUGACGGAGCUGUCGCUAGCGGGCGCGUGUCCGCUGGUGGAGCGCGUGGGCGGCGCGACGUGGGACGAGCGCGGCGUGUGGCUGGACGCCGACCUGCGCUACGACGGCGGCGCCACCAUCACCAUCCUCACCAACAUCAACCUGAUGAAGCUCAAGGAGAAGAACCUAACGUUGGAAGAAAAGCUCUUGCUGACAGAAGAGCAUGUAGUGGAAAAGGAUCUCAUAAUUACGGGGACCGGAAUGUUCUCCGAAAAGCAGCUACGGAAACGCAAGCCCGCCAUAUUCGACAGCGAGGUGGAGGACUCGGCGGAAUCUUCCAGUGACGACGAGAGCCCGCCCGUGCAGCCCGUGGACAGCAAUGAGGCCAUACAAACGCAGGAGCUUCCACCGGCGACGCCAGAGAGCGGUUCAUCCAAAAAGAAGUUCCUGAGAAUCGUUGAUAAGAUUUCUACGAAUAAAUACUUUCAGCAGGUUACCGACUUCAAAUACGUGAAACGAGCUAUGGAGGGCCUGUCGAAUACGGACAUAAAGCUACAAGUAGAGAUCCAAGGGUUAGAGGGGCGGCUGGCUCUAAACCUGCCGCCGCCACCUCACGACAGAUUAUGGCUUGGUUUCCGCACGAACCCGCAACUGGUGCUGAAGGCGCGGCCGGCGGUGGGCGCGCGCACGCUCCGCUUCGCGCACAUCUCCAACUGGAUCGAGCACAAGCUCAGCAAGGAGUUCGAGAAGGUGCUCGUGCUGCCCAACAUGGAGGACAUCGCCGUCGACGUCAUGACGCCCACGCCCGUCUUCGCUGAAUCCACUUAGAAACGGUGGUGCGUAUAAAACGAGUACCUUAAGCCCUUUAAACGAGCAAUUCUUGUAUACAUAUUCAUAUAUUUCGGAGAUAUCGGAAACUGCUCUAACGAUUUCGAUGAAAUUUGCCAAACAUCGAUCUAGCUAGGUGUUAUCUCGAAGUUCAUUUGCAGUAUAAAGGAUAUCUCUGUAAAGUCACGCCCAAGAUAAUGCACUUCUAAGUGUUGGUUACACCAAACCGUUAAAACAUUCACUAACUUUUAUUUUAUGGCAAGUUCCAUAGUUCACUGCCAAUCGACGUUGAUCAGUCCACUUUGUGGUUGGUGCAACUGGCCCUAGUUACUCUAGUUAGCUCAAAUCAUGGCACAUAUUACCAUGCAUAAUAGCUUCUAAUUGUACGAUAUAAGGAACAUGGUAUUUCACUCGAGCCAGCCUCGAAUGUGAACUAUGCUGGUGCAUUUCUAAUAAUCAUAAACUGAAAUAAAUGUCAUAUACUAGGAAAAGUGACCAAAACCUCCAGUGCCCCAGGCUGGAAUCGAACCAGCGUCCUCUGCUAUCGCGGCAGGUGCCUGUGCCAUUCGGCCACCGGGCCACAGCGGCAUAGGUCGAAUUUUUCCAAGUAUAUGCACUUCUUACUGAAGGCUUAUGGCGCCUCCUGGCCAUCCGUAAGGUAGAACAGUAUGGUUCGACCUUCUAACUGGAUCAUCUCAGAUGAUACCGAGCUAGCGAGAGAUUUUCUGAAAAUAAUUUAAUUUGUUCUAAUACUUCUAAUAAUAAUUUGUAAUUCAUGUUACUUGAACACUUGUGUCAUGUGUCCGACGACGGCAGUUAAAGGGUUAACAGCGAAGUAUGAAAAAGUGUUAGUGCCAAAAGCGCGUUUUGAAUAGAAUGAAUAAGGAAGGGUGCAAUGCCAAGACACGAUCAUUUUUUCUUAUAUUUAUACCAUUAGAAUUAUAAAGGUCUUAAUUACAAAUUUAAGAAAAUACAUUUUCUACUUUAUUGGCUUGAAUUAAAUUUUGUAGUUAGGACCUUUUUAUUGCGAACGAUGCAAUUGAAUUGUACCGUUCUAAUGCCAUUAUUUUGCCAUAGCUUGGCACUGACUGAUAAUUUCUACCAUUAGAGCAUUUGUAUACUAAAAUCUUUCAUACCAUGCGUUUUGCAAUGUUCUUAAUAUAAAAUAUGUAGUUGAAAUUUGAACUAUUUCGUCUAUGGCAUUGCUGUGGGUUUUGUAGUCGGCUGCUCAGUGCUCAGGUUUACGUAUUUGGUUGAGAUUACUGCGUAAGAAAUGGUAGUUGAGGCCUUUAGCUAAAUUUAACUUUAUACCUCUUAACUAAAAUAAUGAAAAUGUUUGAUAAAUGAUACCAAAUGGACGAAAUUGGAAGUUUUUCCUAUAAAUGUUAUUGUUAUCAUUAACUUAUCAAAGCUAUAAUUUUCUAGUUGUGCAUUUUAUAUACACUCUGUCACCUUCGAAACAGAUACUCGUACGUAUGAAAUGCUGAUUUAGAUCAUGAUACAUUUUGGUUAUAAUUCUGUCCUGGGUCGAGAAGGCGAGAAAUACAUACCGCAUAUUAAUGAGGACCCAAGCUAAUUAGAAGAACUUAGGACUUAGACCGUAUCAGUAACAAUAUUGUACUGUUUAUACUUAUUUAGCACAAGCGUAGUUAUGUUCAAUCCUGGAAUGGCUGUCGUUUUAACAAAGAGCCUAAAUAAAUGAUUUAUUUCAUCCUGUGUAUUUAGAUUUUUAUACGUUUUCUAUAAUAGUUUAGCUGUGAUGUGAUUAAUGCUUAGAAAUGAACGCAUAGUCUACUGAUACACAAUUUCCGUGAUAUUUGUGACGUUUUCAUGCAAAAGGUUAUUAAGUAAUUAUUAACUGUUGUCAAUAAUGUGUUACUGGCGUUACUGCCAUCAGUAUGCGUGAAAAUGAGCCCUUGAUGAUAAACAACCAUUCAGGAUGCCUUUUGCUAAAAAGCAUUUUUAAAAUAACCACUCGUGUUUUAUUCAGGAAAGGGAACCCUUAGUAUGCAGGCAUUCACGUAAUUUGCGUACGUAAGCGCUUGCUAUACUUACAUUACAUCAUUUUUCUUUGAGAACGAUUAAUUUCUGUCAAUAUGUAUUAUGCAAAUGUCUAAAGCUAAUAAAUGUAAAUAAUUAGAUAAUCCGGGGGAUGUGCAUUUAUACCCUGAUCCUGGUUUGAUAAGUCAGAAUCUUUUCCAGGGUAUUAUUUUCCUAUGACUGGAGAUCGAAUGAUAUUUAUUUGGACUGGACGGGAUUAACCGUCAUCGAGCUUCCUCGGUACUAAUUAUUAUUCUGUCAAUAAUCCAUUAUUUGCACUCUGCAAAUUAUAUAUAAAUGUUCUUACCUAUAUGAUAAAUAUAGAUAGUGCAACUCUAUCAAGAUUUCCUCUAUUUUUACCGGUAUUUUAUAGUGGAUCCUCAUAUUUUUGUAGUCAGUAGGUACUAUGAUAAAAAACUGUCGCGUUGCAUGCAUUUCACGUGUUUAGUCGAAAGCAUUUAUUAGUUUGCUUUUCUUAAGAAGUUCUAACAUUUAAAAAAGGUUAAUUAAAUAAAGCAAUUACCUAGUCACUUCACGUUUAAAAAAAUACGGACGUCGUAUAUUUCAACCUAACAAUUUAAGUAUAUGGCAUCUUGUACAGUAUGUCAUUUCAAGCGACCGCAGCAAGCUCGGCCGAAUUGCACCUUCCCAUACAAAUGGAGUUUCGUUCUUAUUUAAAAACUACGUGUUGGAUUGUAAUGAAACUUUGCACAUACUUACAAUAACGUGGGAUAUCUAUGCCUGUAAUUAGUUUAUAUAGAUCCAGCUUAUAAAACAAACGAAAUAGAGCAAAAACAUGUAUUGUAUGAACAACUUAAAUUCGCUGUAUUUUUUUAACUAUGUAUCUAAAGCUACACAAACUAAUUACGAACACAGAUAUAGGUACCUUCUCCUAUUGUAAGUACAAAGUUUCAGAACAACCUAGCUAGUCGUUUUAAAAUGAGAGCGUAACUACGUUUGUAUGGAGAACCGAGUUUGCUGCGGACUCUUUAAAUUUAAAUGAAAGGUUGAUGUAAGUAAAAAGUAAGACCUAAUAGUGUGAAGGCCUGUUCAGACGGGAACAAUUUUUCGCCAAUAUAACUAAAUUGUCCGAUCAAAUGGGGUGGUGCGUCGCAAACGCCAAUUUGGCCACUUUCAUCAAUUUUAAAUUUAUGGUGAUAGUUAAGCACUCUAAAUUAAAAAAAACGCGAACACUAGCGUCACUAAUUGGUAUUCUUGCGUCCGCAGCCCAUUUUAUCGGUAAUAUCGGUCAUAUUCAGCAGUUGAAAUCGGUGGCAGACAAUUUAAUCAGGUUGGCGAAAAAGUGUCCCCGUCUGGACAGGCCUUGAGACAUAACAAUGAAAGAACUGACAGUGACCAAUGGUUGAUUACAUUUGCAUCGCAUGGAUAUAUCGCACAACUCAUUUGCUAAGCAGAAAGCACCCCACGCCAUUUUUAAAAAUAUUAUAUUUAUUUUAGCAUCAGUAUUUCAUAUCUAGACCGUAUUAUAUAGAAAAUAGUUAGGUGUGGUACUAUUUUUUUAUUGUUAUGGUUUUUAGUAAUCAGACAAAUUAUACAAUAAGAUACAUCAUUUACAUCAUUAGCCCAUGAUCUUAUUUUAAGGAUUUUUUUACAUUUUAGUCACAUCCUUAUUGCCAAAAAAGGUAGAAACAUGCGUCAUGCUAAAAUUAUGCAUUUGGUGUUCCUUUCUAUUUACUAAAACAAAACAUUAUUAAUUUGUCUGAUGAAAUGUAGUACAUAUGUAGUUUAAAAAUUCCCGAUGUAGGGUUUAUUAUAUGUGGAAUAAAUGGGAAGGUUGAGAUUAUGAAAGUAAGUAAAGUAACCAUAAAAGGCUGAAGGUAACUUGCUCACGAAAGCAAUUUUUUCCGUGGAUAAGUUAGGAUUAGCCUCUUCAAGUGAGUGCUAAGGUGUUUUGAGCGAAUUUAUGGUCGGUUUAUUUAGGUAUAAAUAAAAUAGAUACAAGCCCAUGCGCCUUUUCGACUAAUUAGUAAGGGUAUCAUAUUUGUUGCCAUCAAAACCAUAAACACUUCGUUUUAAUGGCCGUAAGUACGUUAUAGCCAGACGAUGGGGGAAGUCGGUCUUGGGCUUGUGUUUAAAAUGUUUCUAUAUUAAAAUAUUAUGAUGCUUAAUUAUAAUCCAAGCUACAGAUAGCCGCUCCCUGGCCACUUGUAGGGCGACCUUUAAGUAAAUAUUUAUUUACUUUUAUAAAUUAUUCUUGUGAAAACGACAUUGUAUCUUACUGAAUGGGGUCUACCCAAGUUCUUAUGAAUUUUUCGAUAAAAUAUUUAAUGUUUCACGAUUUUACAUAACUAAGAACUAGCUUAUAUUCUACGUAAGCCAACAUCUACGUAUUCAUUUUAAAAGACACUACGUUCUACAUAUCACACUUUUGUAAGUCAUGUACCUGUUUCAAAAGCAUACCGCUACAUCUACAUGAUCAUGGUAUAUUUAUUUAACAUAGUAAUGUACUCCGAACCAGUUUUUAAUUUUAUUUGUAAAUAUAUAACUAUUAAUAUCGAAUUUACGUUUGUUGGGCACUUUUUGAAUAGCGUCUAUUGUAAUUAGUUACUGAUUAUUUCAGAUGUCGAUGCGGCCAAAUCCGUAUACGAGCAAUUUUUUUAUUGUUUUACCGUAAGCGCGCAAUCGUUGCUUUAUCGAUGAAGGUAACAAUAGUGUCAGUACACUUCGUGAAAACUCGGUCGUGUACGGAAUUUCCCGCAGACGGAUUUAGCCGCAUUCAUGUUAGCCGAAGAAAAUGUUUUCGUUUUUCUGUUUGUUUAUCUGUGAUCACAUAGUGAUUUCUAUUUUCGCAGUGUUUGUAUACCAAAAAAAAGUAAUUUUCCAUGUAUAUAGUCUAUGAAAUUAUUAAAGUGUUUAUGUGAUAUAUAGUUAAGAGUUAAACCGUGCCGAGUAGUUUUUCUAUGUGGUAUCAGUUGUGAUUUUUCAAUAAAUGAUUUAAAACAUGAA